AUGGGGAUGAAGGAUCUUUGGAAAACCAAUGUGAGAAAACCAGGAGACUCCCUUUUCACCAAUGCCAGGAAAGGCGACAUCAUUGUCCCCGUGAUGGGCCCUACAGGCGUUGGAAAGAGUUCGUUCAUCAACUCCUACCUGGGCGAGAAAAGCAAGGAAAAGGCAACAGUGGGUCACGAUCUUAAAUCGUGCACUGCGGAGCUCCAGCCUUUUUUCAAAGAUCUCCCGCCAGACGAGUCCGGGAAGCCCAGGCGCCUUGUCCUUGUUGACACACCAGGGUUCGAUGACACCAAUGAAGCGGAUUCAGAAAUCUUGAGACGAAUUGCAGUAUGGUUGGCUUCGACGUACGGUACAGGGACGAAAUGUGGCGGUCUCAUCUAUCUCCAUGAUAUGACCGACGCGCGCAUGCGAGGCACGACUCUUCAGAAUCUCCACGUAUUUCGGAAGCUUUGCGGGAAGGAAAACCUUGAAUCCGUCGUUUUCGGGACCACGAAAUCUGGUAAACUUACCCCAGAAGUAUUUGCUAGACGUGAGAAGCAGCUGUCCGACGGGUACUGGAAGGAGUUCAAGAAGCAGGGGGCAAUAGUUUUUAAGCUCCUUGAUUCACACGAGUCAGCGCGCGAGUUAGUUCAGAAAGUCCUUGACAGAUUAAAGGAGGAGCAGCACGUCUUGCGCAUUCAAGAAGAGAUAGUUGACGUCGCUAGGAUACUUCCGGCCACCAAGGCAGGGAGAAAGCUGAAGUAUACCUUGGAGGAGAUCAUGGAGCACCAGAGAAGGGCCCUUGCCGGUAAACCCCUCACCCCAGAGCAAAUCGAAGAGCACGAACGAAAAAUUGCGACGGUCGCCUCGCAAGCCGAGGAGCUGAAACUUUCGCUCGGGCAGCGUCUUCGGAUCUUCUUUCACCUGGCUUGAGGACGCAACAGGUGUGCGGUCGCCGUGAAAUGAUCUACUUGACUUGAACCUGGUUCAGGGUAUAUAUGCCUCACAACCGAGCUCAUAACAUAAUUCCGUUUUACUUUCUGCUUGUCUCUUACUUCCACACUUCCCGUAUAUACUCUCAUCUGUAAAGUUGUUUUGGCGAAAUAGAAGCCACGAUCUUGCCACAACCUGG